AUGAAGUUAUUUCGGUCCAUCGCCAAUCAACCCAGUCCAGAGAAAGCAACUACAGUCUUUAUAAAGCCGGGAAAGAAUGGUCUACUCUCAAAAAACAUUUCUUCUAAAGCCAAGAAGUUAACUGAUUCUGGAACCAUGGAAACGCGUCAUACAAAGUGGGGAAAAGUGAGGUGGCAAGAGGAGCACAACAAGGCGCAUAAAAAUGGGAGGAUCAUUGGUAGAGCGGAAAUGCGAACCGAGUUCGAUAUCGCGCCUGAUUGGCGAGCCCCUAAACGUAGUGUGGUUCCUAUGACCCAGAUCACUCGUCAAUUGGAGGUGCAGGAGCGGUUACCAAUGCUUUCUAAGCACACUUGUUUACCGCAUAAUAGACGGGAGUUUGUGAUUCACCCAGAGUGGAUUAUACGCUAA